AUACCAUUAUCAAUCUCUUGAUAGUUUGAAAAAAGGUUUUUAAAUGGUGACAUAUGAAAGGUGCAACCAGAAUCAACUAGCCAAUCAGAUUCACACAGAUAAUCCGAUAACACAGAGUUCAAAUAAGCAUAAUCUUUGAUCAUUAACACAUCACCAAAGUUGUUUGAUUCACUAGCCAUAUUAGCAUGAUCUUUUUGCUGAAUUUUCUUAGGCUUAGAACAACUAUUACUAAGGUGACCAUAUUCAUUGCAAUUGUAGCAUUUUCUUGUUUUAGACUUGGAUCUAGACUUACCCCUUCUCUGGUUGAAUUUUCUCACAUUUGAGUUAUCAUUGUUAGCAUGUUUAUGGUUUUGAAACUUAUUUAAGGUUCUACCCCUCACAUGCAUAAUCUCCCCAGAAUUUUUAUCACUCUUAGAAUUUUUUAACUCUAAUUACUUACUCUUGAGACCAUUCACAACAACAUCAAAAGAAAUAUUAUCCCUACCAUAUUUAAUUGCAGAUUUAACAUCACUGUAGGAAUCGGGAAUAGCAUUCAAAAGAGCAAUAGGGGUGUAGUCAUCAAUAUGUUUAUCACCGGUUAAUUUUAUAUCAGAAAUCAGUUUGGUGAAAACAUCUAGAUUUUCUUCUAUGUCCUUAGACAUAUCCAAUCUAAACUUGAAAAAUUUUUCAAGCAAGAAAAUCUUAUUUGGCAAAGAAGUUUCAGUAUAAAGUUCAUCAAGUUUAUUCCAAAGAUCUUUAGCACAUUCCAAAAUACCAACUUUUCUGAUCACACAGUCAGUUAAGUUUAAGUAAAUUAUGGAACAAGCAAUUUCAUUCAUUUCAACUCUUUUCUCUUUAGAGUCUAUUUCUAGAUAUGAAUUACUAACAGCCCUAUAAACUUUUUGAUGAACAAGAACACACUUCAAUUUUUGUUUCCAAAUACUAAAAUCAGUUUUUCCAUUAAAUGGAGUCAAAGCAUACUGAUUCAUAGUAGACAUAUCCACUAAGGAGAAGAAUGAUCAAAAGAUCACCACACAGAAGAAAAAACACCCACAAAAGAGAAUAAAAAACUGAAAAAAUUAGCAACACUGAUGCACGUAGAAUAUGGCCUAAAUUUUCCAAAUUUGGCUCACGUGUGUGAAGCAAUCGCACGAACAACCCAAGAUUAUUAUGUUAGCAAAAUUGCUUACUCAAUCCCGUUGUUCUUUCACACGAGCACAAACUAUAAUGGAAUUAGGCAAUCGAAAAAUAACGCAACAGAAUUAAACAACCCUAAAAAAAAUGCUACGAAAGCAAAGGGAUAAAGAGUUGUGUACCUGGGCGAAUCUAAUGCCUAGAUUCGACUUACCUAUUCCACGAAGGAAUGAAAUUGAGAGCGCCCGCAGCAGAUGAUUGAACAGCCGUUGGAAUCUUCUGCUUUUCCUACUCCGGCCUGCGCUUGUGCUGUUGCGGAUCUUCUCUUGCUCCAGCCACUCCUUCGAGCCGCACGAAGCAGCGGAUGUCUACUGGAAUCGUCGAUUGUAGACUCCCUCCAUUCGCACGAAGCAAAUUGGUGCAAUCUGGUUUUUAUGAUUGUAGACUCCUUCUCUGGUUUUUUUUCUCGCCGGAGAACAAGACUCAGUGGCUGAGGGACACAAAUUGUCCGAAGGAGAACAAAGGGCCAAAGCAGAAACGGAGAUUCCAAAAAAAAAAAGAGAAGAAAGGACCCACUUUUUUUUUAAAAGAGAUACGGAGUAAAAAGGAAAGGUCAUGCACAAAGUUUGACCCAAAGAAAAAAAAAUGAUGGGUUUUUUAAAAAAACAAAAGAAGAAGUUGGUAAGGGACAGCAGAUCCGAACAGAAAAGGAGAAAAGACACCUCACGGAAAAAUAAAUAAAUACUGAGCACAAACCAGGCUCCGAUACCACUGUUGUGUGUAUUUAUUUAUUCCGAUUAGGCUCAGGUCACCCGUAAAAGACGGUCCGUAGUUGUGCACUACAAGGGUACCAAAAGGAGCAACACCCCAACCCAACCUCGCCACACUCCACUCACAAAGAAACGGAGAAGAACUGAGAUCAACUCACAAAGGAAGAAAGAAACCCACACGGAAGUCUCACAAAGAGAGAAAAGGAGUUUUGUACCGUGUAGAAACACAAAGGCAAGCCCUCAAUAUAUAGUGGAGAUUAGGGUAGUAAUUAAGGCAAGCUUAAUUAGGUUAAGGAGUAUAGAUUGGGCUUGAGUAAAUGGGCUGCUGGGUUGGGUGUCAAUUAUUAUUAAUAUGUUUGGGCCAACCCCAAAUAAAUUAACAAUCUCCACCUUUGGCCCAAAGUAGUGCACAUAGUUUGACAAGGAACCGCGGGACUCAUCAUAGCCUAAUAACCACUAAAUGUGUAAUCAACAAAUGAGAACACACGUAGUGGUGGAGAGUUCACUAAGUACUCUCAAGUCACGAAGACUAGGCAACAUCACAAAGCAUGCCAAAAAUAACUCACGAAGAGUCGAACUCUACCAUUGGGUCAUCGAGUUCAAAAACAAAAGAAAAGCAAAAGUCACAA